AUGUUGCUCCAUACCAACGUAUUCGUCUAUUUUACAUUUGUACUGGCUUGGCUCGGACUUGUAGCAGCACAUACAGCAUGUCAUGACGAGACCUUUAUCCCUGACGCCAUUCUUCGCGUCACAGAAGCACCACUUGCGCAGUCAUGUUAUCCGUCAAAACCUACUGUCUUGGUCAAUGGGACUUCGCCUGGACCGGCACUGAAGAUCAGAGAAGGAGACACUUACUGGAUACGGGUUUACAAUGACAUGGAGCACCUUAAUCUGACAAUGCACUGGCACGGCUUAAGUAUGGCGACCUCACCAUUCAGCGAUGGGACGCCCCUCGCUUCUCAAUGGCCAAUCCCUCCAGGCAAAUUCUUCGACUAUGAAAUACAUGUUCCAACUGGAAUGGCAGGGACGUAUUUCUACCACAGCCACGUGGGCUUCGCGGCUGUCUCCUGCACUGGCCCUCUCAUUGUUCAAGAUGUUAAAAAGGUUCCGUACAAGUACGACGAGGAAAGGAUAGUGUUUUUGCAGGACGUCUUCAAAAAGGAUGAUAGCACCAUUGAAAAGGGGUUGAUUUCUAAUCCUUUGUCGUGGAGUGGUGAGUCGGAUAUGAUAUUGGUGAAUGGGAAGGGAGCUGGGACUGCAAACGGGACGGCUUGCAAUGCUAGUCUUGCUGCAAUUGAUGUUAAGCCUGGGAAGACGUAUCGAUUGAGGUUUAUUGGUGCCACGGCUCUCACGUUUGCCUCGCUCGCUAUUGAAGGUCAUGAUAUGACUGUCAUUGAAGCCGAUGGGUCUUAUACUGAGCCGUACAAUACUUCAUUCCUCCAGAUAUACACUGGCCAGCGCUACAGUGUCCUCCUGAAGACGAAGCCCCACCCCGAGAAAAGCACCUACUGGAUGCAAAUCGAAUCCCGAGAACGUCCAACUCUGACAAGAUCCUUCGCAGUCCUCAACUAUGGCGUUCCCUCCCCACCAACAAUAUUUUAUCCCCCCUCACAGUUGCCUAUCACAGUUCCCAGCAUCACCCGGGGCUUCCUCGACUACCAAUUGAAGCCCCACCACUCCAACCACCAUAUGGCCAAAAUGCCAUCCGCUGCAAACGUAACCCGCACCAUAAUCAUGACGGUCCACCAACGUGUCAACGGCCCUACAGUCUGGGUGCAGAACUCCUACCCCUGGACCGAAACCUUCCCCCAAGAACCAUACCUCGUCUCCCUCUACAAAAACAACGCCUCCAACUUCCCGUCCAUGGAGCGCGCUCUGGCAAACAACGGCAUCGACCCGGUCACACGAGUCUUCCCCGCGCAGAUCGGCGAGGUCAUCGAAAUCAUCAUCCAGAACACUGGAGCUGACAGAGGUGGUCUUGACGCGCACCCUUUCCACGCCCACGGCGCGCACUAUUGGGAUCUCGGCUCCGGGAAUGGGACAUACGAUCAAGCUGCCAAUGAAGCUCGCUGGGCUGCUAGUGCGGGCAAGCCAAUCAAGCGUGAUACGUCAGUGCUGUAUCGGUAUGCGCCUUCAACGAAGAAUGGGACCGCAAUGGGGUGGAGGGCGUGGCGACUGGAGGUUACGCAGCCGGGGGUGUGGAUGAUCCACUGUCAUAUUCUGCAGCACAUGUUGAUGGGGAUGCAGACGAUUUGGGUGAUGGGGAAUGCAAAGCAGGUUAUGAAAGUGGAUCGGUUGGAUGUGCAGGGGUAUUUGACGUAUGGGGGGGAUGUGGUGGGCGAUGAGAAUAGGUGGCCUAGUGUGGUGGAGUUUCAGAGUGCGGCAAAUUGGACGGAUGGGCAGUAG